AUUAUUUUAUUUAUUUUGUCCGUCCAUCAAUUUGUUAUAACCGCUCGUCCUAUUCAGGGCCGAGCGGUCGGGAGCCUAUAUAUCACGGUAAAAUAUAGGGAAACUUAUCUGCUUAUUUGCUUAUAUACUAACUUAUUUGAUUAUAUACUAUGAUAUACUUAUAUCUCUUAUUUGCUAAUGAAUGCACUUCAUAAAACAAUUAAUACAAACGGCGAAUUUAUAGCAAAGCCAUGCAUUAAUCGGUGUUUUGGAAAAGCACAAUGUGUCAAACGUGCGAAGUCGUGUAUUGUAACGCGGGUAGAAAAUGCCGUUAACGUACUGAAACUAGAAAGCGGUAUUUUACUUCGCUGUGUCGGGCUGAUAUGGACUCCUGGGGAAAGGCGGGCAUGAACGUAUCUAUUGUGAGAUGAAGGACAGUAAAUAUAAUAUAAGUACGAGUCGAAUGUAGUAUUACGUUACUGUGCUACUGGGCUGCUUUUGACUACUGGGGAAAGGGGACCAUGGUCACCGUGACUUCAGGCUCACAAACGAAGCCCGCCGUGUUUCCGCUCCAGUCAUGCGCGUCUGACAGCAGCAAAGACCUGGUGGACAUCGGCUGUCUGGCCACCGGAUACGUGCCUUCGCGCUCCGUGACUUUUACAUGGCGCGACAAAGGGAAGGGAAGCGACAUUUCUGACUUCGUUCAGUACCCCGAGGUCCAGAGCAACGGCGCCUUCUCCGUUUUCACUCAAAUUAAGGUGAAAGCCGAAGAUUGGUUAAAAAGCAACGCGUACACCUGCAAUGUAAAUCAAGGGCAGACCACUGAAUCAGCAGAUGUAAUUCGAAUGGAAGAGAAGCCAUUGUACCCAAACAUGACACUGUACGUCUCGCCAUGGACAGAAGAUGCGGAAACGGUGAAUUUGCUCUGUGUCUUGAAUGGGAUCCGACCAAACAAAAUCAACGUGAAAUGGGAGGUGAUCACCGGCACCACCAGUGAGAAUGUUCCUAGUGAUCAUGAAUUCAUGGUGCCAAAAAAUGGAAAUGAAAAAGGCACAACAUUGAUCAGCCUCGUGUCGCUGGAAAUGGAGAAGUGGAGCAGCGGCAUCAGCUACCAAUGCAAGGCUAAUGACAAGUCAUUAAACAAUUCCAGAAAAAUUAGCUUUUGCUCCGCUUAUCCCAGUUCUUCCAUGUAUUUGGAGAAACUCACUCUAGAGAGACAAAAUCAAACACACAUAGCCGCUGACUGUACCGCUGUUGGACCUUACGGUACCACGUUAUCAUUACUUGUGGAUGAUGCUUUGAAAUCUACUGCGAAGGUUCCGGCUGGCAGUGAACCUAAAAAAAUCACCUGCAACCUUUCUUAUCCCAGUGAAAAAUGGAAGAAAAGUGUAAAGAUUACUUGCAAAGUCAAACAUCAAUGUUACAGUUCCUUAGAGAAGACUAUAAACAUACCUCAUUCAACUGAGCCUACAGUGAAGCUCUUCCUGCUUCCCAAAGAACCAGAUUCAAGGGUCAGGACUCUCCUGUGCCUGGGCACUGGGCUCAACCCUCAGAUCAAGUGGCUAAAAGGAUCUUCUGUGGCUAAAGUACCUCGAGUCACGACGAUGCAAAAUGAGGGACAGCUGACCGUCAGCAGUGAGAUGAAUGUUCAGAAAGAGGAAUGGAAUAAAUGGGAAAUCUUCACCUGUCAGGUGGAAGACCAGCUUUCUGGGGCAGCUGUUCAUCAGAAUAUUAGUAAAUGCACAGUGACCCCACCAUCUUCUCAGACUGCCACCGUGUCCAUUGUGGGACCUUCACUGAAAGAAAAGCUGGGUUCUGGAGCCCUUCAGGUCCUCUGUCAUGUGCUGGCCUACGAAGAUGAGGCCUUUUCCAUUACCUGGAAAAUGAAUGACAAAGUCUACACUAGGGAGACAAGAAAGCGAGACAAUAGCAAUGGCACCCAAACUCUCAGUAGCACGCUGAGUGUGGAGCGGCAGGACUGGGAGAAAAAGCCCCGCAUCUCCUGCCAAGUCAGGCACCGCUGUUCCUCCAGCACACAGGAGAAGCAACUCGAACAAAGCAAAGAUCCCAAAAAGCCCACUCUUCAGAUCAUCAGACCAUCUAAAGGCCAAGUUGACAAACAGCACAUCGCCACCCUGCUCUGUCUGAUACUGGACUUCUUCCCUGCCGACAUUGACGUGUACUGGGAACUGAAUGGGAUCCAGCUGCCACAAUCCCAGUACUCCAACAGCCCAGUUCUUGGGGUUGCUGGCAGGGGAGAUGAUGGCGGCUACUCAAUGCACAGCAUGCUGCAGAUCCCACAGUCAGGCAGGAAUGAUGGCCAGUACUCCUGUGUGGUCAAACACGAGUCGUCUAAGGAGCCACUCAGGCAUACUACUAGCAUCAAGAAUGGUGAGCAUACGGUGAAGCUCUUCCUGCUUCCCAAAGAACCAGAUUCAAGGGUCAGGACUCUCCUGUGCCUGGGCACUGGACUCAACCCUCAGAUCAAGUGGCUAAAAGGAUCUUCUGUGGCCAAAGUACCUCGAGUCACGACGAUGCAAAAUGAGGGACAGCUGACCGUCAGCAGUGAGAUGAAUGUUCAGAAAGAGGAAUGGAAUAAAUGGGAAAUCUUCACCUGUCAGGUGGAAGACCAGCUUUCUGGGGCAGCUGUUCAUCAGAAUAUUAGUAAAUGCACAGUGACCCCACCAUCUUCUCAGACUGCCACCGUGUCCAUUGUGGGACCUUCACUGAAAGAAAAGCUGGGUUCUGGAGCCCUUCAGGUCCUCUGUCAUGUGCUGGCCUACGAAGAUGAGGCCUUUUCCAUUACCUGGAAAAUGAAUGACAAAGUCUACACUAGGGAGACAAGAAAGCGAGACAAUAGCAACGGCACCCAAACUCUCAGUAGCACGCUGAGUGUGGAGCGGCAGGACUGGGAGAAAAAGCCCCGCAUCUCCUGCCAAGUCAGGCACCCCUGUUCCUCCAGCACACAGGAGAAGCAACUCGAACAAAGCAAAGAUCCCAAAAAGCCCACUCUUCAGAUCAUCAGACCAUCUAAAGGCCAAGUUGACAAACAGCACAUCGCCACCCUGUUCUGUCUGAUACUGGACUUCUUCCCUGCCGACAUUGACGUGUACUGGGAGUUGAAUGGGCUGCAGUUGUCUCAAUCCCACUACUACAACAGCCCAGUUCUUGGGGUUGCUGGCAGGGGAGAUGAUGGCGGCUACUCAAUGCACAGCAUGCUUCAGAUCCCACAGUCAGACAGGAAUGAUGGCCAGUACUCCUGUGUGGUCAAACACGAGUCGUCUAAGGAGCCACUCAGGCAUACUACUAGCAUCAAGAAUGUCCUCAGCACCCUCGAAGUAAUCAAUGAAGAAGAUGAAAAUAUUAACAUCGCAAAUGAUACAGCGCAAGAGGAUAAUCUGAUAGAAAUCUGGAACACUGCACUGACCUUCAUCAUCCUCUUCCUCAUCUCCGUGAUCUACAGCAUCUGCGUCACUUUUGUAAAGGUAGGAGCCAGAGGAUCACCGGUAGAAUUUAGGGGAAAAGAUUUAAGGCAGCCACCCCUCUAUCAGCUCAUUCUGUAUAUUAUUACAAAAGUAUAAAAGGGAGACACUCCCUGCAUUUCCGUCUGGAUUAAUAAAUCACCUGCACAAAUGUU